UGCCACUACCCAAUUCGUUCAAUAAUUUAAAAACAAUUCGCUCAAUAAUUCAAUUUCAAAACCAAACUAUCUCAUAACUACUUUUCGCGUUGAGAGAAUCAUUCAUUCAUUCAUUCAUGAGUUUUCAAGAUAUUCAAGGUGGGUCCAACCCUCCUUCUCGGCGAAAUCAGUCACCGUCGCAAGCCAUCGCUGCCGGAAUUUUCCAGAUCAACACCGCUGUUGCUACUUUCCGGCGAUUAGUCGAUUCCGUUGGAACCGUUAAAGACACUCCAGAACACCGUCAGAAAUUGCACAAUACAAGGCAGAGGAUAUUGCAGCUGGUGAAGGAUACUUCUGCUAAGCUUAAAUCUUUGUCUCAAUCUAAUCGUGAUGCUAAUGCCAAUGCUAGUAAGAAAAUUGAAGAUGCUAAGCUGGCAAGAGAUUUCCAAACCACAUUGCAAGAAUUCCAGAAAGUUCAACACCUUGCUUCUGAGCGCGAAUCAACUUACACUCCUGCUGCCCCUGCUUCUUCUUUACCAACAAGCUCUGGCCCUGGUCAAGAAUCGGUUGAGGAAUACCCUGAAAGCCAACCUUUUAUAAGAGAGCAUAAGAGGCAAGAGAUAGUUCUAUUGGAUAAUGAAAUAUCCUUCAAUGAGGCCAUGAUUGAAGAAAGAGAUCAGGGUCUUAGAGAAGUGGAAGAGCAAAUUGGACAAGUAAAUGAAAUAUUCAAGGAUCUUGCUGUUCUGGUUCAAGAUCAGGGGAUUGUUAUUGAUGACAUUCAAUCAAAUAUAGAUACGUCAGCUGGUACAACAGCUCAAGCUAAGGUCCAGCUAGCCAAAGCUUCCAAAAGUGUGAAAUCGAAAACUUCAUGGUGUUGGUGGGUGCUUGCAAUUUUUAUAGUGGUGGUGAUCAUUUUAGUUAUUGCACUCAUUAUUUAGUUUGAAGGGCUACUCAAGUUGGACUUUUUUUUUACUCUCACAUUAUUACUUUUACCAGAUUGAUUUAAAUUGACGAAUUUUUUUCACAUUCGGAUGGUGUGUUGUGUUGAAGAAUGUAUUUUGCGCCCCUACACAUCCAACAGCUGCUAGCAGUUUUAUAUCUUCAUUGAACAUUAGCUGCUGAAAGUUGGAAGAAGUGACUUUAGGUCAAGCGAUUUUAAGAAAAUAUGUCCUCUAUUUUAAUAUUGUAAUACAUAGGAUUUGCUCUUGAAAUAUUAUAUUAGCUUGCAAACAAUGUAUAACAAAUUACCAAAUACUUAAUAGUGAACUGCAUGUGUGUAUUUUAACACAACCACCGUA